CUUCAAAUACAACCAUUUCAGCUUACAUCGUCCAACAUUUUAUAUUGCUUAAUAUAUUCAAGAUCUCACAGAACAAUCGGUGCAAUGCCACCCGACCCUGCUUCUAACCUCCUAUCUCAGUCUAAGCUUACUGAGAUAAUAUGAAAAAGUCAAUGAUCGUCAAGAUACGUGCUCUACAGCGGCUACGACGUUCCGGUACUCCUAGCACCAUGAGCCAAUGUGAUAUGCCCAUCAUAGCAUGUCUAGCGAAUAACACCAGCCUCUGCAUUCCAAUGGGUAUCAUUAAUAUACAGCAUGCGUUCUCUCCCUCUUGGCCUAAUCUAUUUACCAUGUUCCGCCGUACAGUUGGUACAUACUCGCCCAUGAGUAAUAUUGAGAGAGGAAGACAAAAUGUACAAAUAGAUGCUAUAGCUCCCUCGUGGAGCUGCUCUCAUUCUAUGGAGUUUCCGCGUUCAUUAAGGUGGCAGUAUCCAGCUCUUGUCCCUACUUUAUUAGAACCGAUUUUCACUUGUGCAGCAUGGCCGGAUUCAUAUUACAAUGCCUGGUAGGCAGCUUGACCCUUGGGCUUGGGGCUGCUAUCCCCGUCGACAACAUGCUUCAAACCCGUAACUUUGCAGCCCAAGUCGGGUUGUCUAUUACAGACAACUUCCACACACUUGCAAGAGUCAGACGGCAACCGGGGCUCUCGCGGACGUUCGAUAUUCUUCGCCAGAACCGAAAGAACAAGGCCAUUAUGAAUGACCUCGUUGAUGACCCAAACGACCCAGAAGGUGUCGACAAUUUGGGAGCCGAACUCAACCAGGUUGAGUAUAUCAUGAAAGUGGGCUUCGGUUCAGAGCAAUAUUACAUGAUACCAGACACGGGGAGUAGCGACACUUGGAUUAUUUCAGAUGGAUUCAAGUGUCUAAACCCCUAUUAUGGGCAGGAUGUACCUCAAGAAGAGUGUGAUUUCGGCCCCUUAUUUAAAGGGGACUUCCCGGAUGGCAAGAUUGACAAUCAAAAUCUGAAUAUCUCGUAUUUGAGCGGCGACUACUUGAAUGGCCCCAUGGGGUUUGCAAACAUCACCGUGGCCAAUGUCACUAUUCCAAAGCAGCAAUUUGCUCUUGUGAACGUAGCAGCGUUCGGUGGUGACGGUGUAUCGAGUGGUAUUCUCGGCCUUGGUUUAAGAGGACUCACAGCAGCAUUCACAGGCAACGAUCCUCGUAAUGAUAGCAUAGACAACCUCGUGAACUACUCGCCACUUGUCGAAACCAUGGCGACGAGCAAGGUCGCCGACCCUAUCUUAAGUUUCGCUAUGUCGCGUGACGAGAAUCGGUCUUUCAUUGCCUUUGGUGGUGUUCCUCCUGUCAAGACGGGAGAAUACACCACGGUACCCAUUCUGCAGGGAACCACAACCUCUGGCAAGACAGAUUACUUUUAUUACGACAUUGCAAUUGACUCUAUCUCCUGGAACAGUACCACGAUCAAUCAGACGGCAACCAACUUGCCGAACCAUUUAGUAGACUCAGGUACAACGAUUAAUCUGUUUCCUGGUGUCGUUGCCGAGGCCAUAAAUAACGCGUACACGCCUCCUGGUCAGCAGGAGGAUAGCAUGGUGUGGAGUGUAGAGUGCGAUGCCAUACCGCCAACUCUUGACAUCGUGAUCGGCGGAAAGGCGGUACGCACUCAUCCAAGCAGCAUGAUCCUACCCGAAACAGCAGCCGAAGGCUCCAAUCGCUGCCUAUCCGGCAUUGGAUCUGGUCAGACCGGAUCUUAUAUCCUCGGUGAUACCUUCAUGCAGGAGAUCGUGGCCGUGUUCGACGUUUCGGAUAAGAAGGAGCUGAAGUUUGCUCAGAGGCUGGAUUAGACUUUUUCAGCCGAAAACCAAAUAUUGUCCUAUCCAACAAAUUAUUUGUCCUCUGAAACCUUCGUCACAACCUAUGGUUGUCCCAUGUACUAAUGAUUGAAUUUAUACAACGGGUUAAGUGGUCAGGAUGAUUUGCAAUCCUAGAUCUAUAUUUGUCAUUGGGUAGACCUAGGAUAUAUUGCCAUAAAACCACAGCUUAGAGUUAUUAAGACUAAAUGGUUGAUUUUA